AUGGCUACCAAAAGCCCCCCAAGGAAGCGCAAAGACGCCGGUGCUCCGAUUUCCCCUCCUCCCCUCAAAAAGGCCGUCAAGAGCACAACUACAAAGUCGGCUGUUGCAAGCUUCUUCACGCCCGCCUCCCAGAAACCCAAAGACCGAACCGUGUGGUCAGAACGAGGCCCUACCGAUGACGUUCCGGCAACCCUCUUGGUCGGCAGAUACCAGCCCGAGAAUGACGACGUGACGUCUCGCCAAAAGCGACGGAAGAUAGCCGCAUUCGACCUUGACUCGACUCUAAUCACUACAUCGUCGGGAAAGAAGCACGCCUCCAGCGGAGCAGACUGGAAAUGGUGGGACAGCAAAGUGCCCGGUCGGCUACGAGAGCUCUACGAGAAGGAAGGCUACCAUGUCGCGAUCCUCUCCAACCAGGCCGGAUUGAAGCUUCAUUUCGAUGCAAAGUACAAGGGCCCAAAGGCUGCCGUUCAAAAGCGCGUCGCAGACUUCAAACAGAAAUGUAAUGCUGUACUCACAGCUCUCGAUCUUCCGAUAGCCGUCUAUGCGGCCACAGAAAAGGACAUCUACCGGAAGCCAAGGACAGGCAUGUGGAAGGAGCUUUGCGAGGAUCUCGAAAUCCCCGAGGAAGAGGUCGACCUUAAAGGGAGCUUCUUUGUUGGCGACGCGGGCGGCCGGGUCGCGUUGCUUGGGAAAGGAGACAGCGGUGCAGCAGCAGCAGCCGUACCAAAGGACUUUAGCUGCUCCGACAGGAAUUUUGCUCAUAAUGUAGGCAUCGACUACAAAACGCCCGAAGAAUUCUUCCUGGGAGAGGAGCCUAGGGACUUCAUUCGCGAGUUUGACCUGGUAAACUUUGCAUUUCCUGAAGACGAAGCGGCGCUUGGUACUGCCGAGGACCUCUUUGUGAAGAAAAACGACCAGGAUGUCGUCUUGUUCUGCGGUCCUCCUGGCGCUGGGAAGAGCACGUUCUACUUUAAAGUCCUUAAGCCCCUCGGAUAUGAACGGGUGAAUCAAGACACGCUCAAAACUCGCGACAAGUGCAUUCAAGCUGCCAAAGACCUGCUGAAAGCUGGCAAGUCUGUAGCUAUUGACAACACCAAUCCGGAUCCCGAGACGCGGGCCUUGUGGGUUGAGGUUGCGAAAAAAGCGAGCGUUCCAAUACGAUGUGUUUGGUUCUCAACGCCGGUCAUGGUAUGUGAGCACAACGAUGCCGUUCGGGCGCACAACGCUGCACUCAAUCCCGAGUCCAGGGAGAGUCUACCUAAGCUGGCCUUUACCGGCUUUGCAUCGAGGUUCAAAGAGCCAAAAGAGAAAGAGGGCUUCCAGGACGUGACGGAGGUCAAGUUCCAAUUCCGAGGCACAAAGGAAGAAUACGCUCUUUGGGGCCGGUACUGGAUCUGA